GUCUGGCGUUCUGAUUGGUGCACCGCAGCGAAUUCUGCACACAAUAAUCUUAUCAAAGGCUACAAAGGCCUAAUAGUGCACACAAUCCCGGCCACAAAAGAAAGUCCUUGAAAGCGCUUAUAUUGUUUGAUUAGCGGUGUCGAGGCAGUUUGUUCGGCAGUGGUUCCCAGUUUUCCGGUGUGGGUUCGAGAGACAACCCAACGCAUUGCCAUCAUCAUCAUCAGUGCGCCGCGCGGUGGGAGGAAGAGGGAGUGCAAAUCUGCCGGUCCGCGGGGAAAAAGGGUUGAUACCAGUCCAUCGUCGCACCGUGCGAAAGCCAUUCAAUUGUGACUCGUCGAAGCGAAAGGAUUGUUCCGCCCAAGGUUCCCCCAGAAGUUUGUUGAUCAGUUUGAAAAAGUGUGCAAAUUCAGAAAUCAGCUGAUAUAUUUGCCGAGGCCGAGAACCGAGAAGAUAAUUAUCUAAUUUGUGUUGGUUGGCUUUUUUCUGGGAUACGGCGAACCGUUGCCAACCGUUGGUAUUGUAAAUAAAUCAACUGAUUGUGCUUGCUUGUUGGUGAUCAAAUUAGAAGAUUAUCAGUGAAACGUGAGUUGGUUUAUUGUUGGACCAAUCGGGGCACUGAAAUAGACAUUCAGACGCAAGAAAACACAACGUUCGGCUGUUGUGGGGAUAUUCAUCGGACGCUGAAACCAAAGGAUUGUUGGAAGCGGUUCGCUUUGGUUAAUUUGAUCGCUGCAAAAACUUCAUUUACUCCGAAAUGCCAAUCUCCGAAUUCCGCAGGAAGAAGCUGCUGUAUGUGUUCAAUGUGUUUUUCGACGUGAACCAGAGCGGGGAAAUCGACCGCAAGGAUUUCGAGCUUGCCAUCGAGAAAAUCUGCGAUCUACGGGGAUGGCCCGCUGGUAAUCCCCGCAACACGGACACACACGAGUCCAUGUUCAAAAUCUGGGAAGGACUCCGCUCCAAGGCGGACAAAGACAAUGAUGGACAGGUUUCCGUCGAGGAGUGGUGCAAAAUGUGGGACGAGUACGCAAGGGAUCCGGACUCGGUGUUCGACUGGCAGCUGAGGUACAUGAACUUCAUGUUCGAUUUGGAGGAUGCCUCAAAUGAUGGAGGCAUCGAUGCGGAGGAGUUCGCUAUCGUGUGCUCUAGCUAUGGAUUGGAUAAGAAGGAGUGCAAGGAGGCCUUCCAGAAGAUGUCGCAGGGUGCCGAAGAGGUCAACCGGGAGCAGUUUGCCGAAUUGUGGCGCGAAUACUUCUCCUCCGAUGAUCCCGCAGCGCCCGGAAAUUUCAUUUUCGGCAAAACGUCAUUUUAACGCAACUAAAAGCAGCAGUUUUUACCACACCCGGAAUCAAGCCCCGAGCCCGGAGUUCCGGAAUAUACUUUUUUUUCAGCUGCUAGUAGGCAUAAACUUUGAAAACACACAACACUUGUCGAUAGAACUAGUUGAUUGAGGCAGAGAAGGAUCUGUUUGAGUUCCAUUUAUCCUAAAGAAAAAACAAAAUCACACAAAUCGAAAGCUAAAUUUAAAAAAAACAAAAAAAGCUCUUGGAGGCAACGGAAGCCGACGAAAUAUUCCAUAUCAGGGAAGCGAUUCAGUGCCAUUUGCUGCUCCUCAGUUCUAAAUUGUCACCGAUGAGUUAUUUUUUGGUGUCACGAAUGAACCCCGAUUAUACCCCCUCCAAGAUCUGGGACAAUCCUUCGGUGGCAAUCGGCUUACCGUCACAUUGACCAAGAGUGGCGCGGUGCGCUAUGAAUAACAAUAUCGCGUCCUAAUGACGUGAGAAAAGUGCAACCGAACCGAGACUUCCGCAGCUUCCAGAUACUGGACACCCCGCUAGCGCAGCGGAGACAAACGACUCUCGGAAAACGUGUGAUGAUUAUUAUGAUGAACGAUGGGAUGGGAUGGCGUGCGGAAUGUUAUAAAUCAUAUCACUCGUGAAGUUUUUUUUCCGGUCGAGAUUUCGUGAGUUUCAUCUCUAGGACUGUGUGUAUUUUUUGUGGUGUUGUUGCUGUAGCUGCUGAAAGUUGAGAGAUGUCAUCCCGUUAGCGUGGUUACAAACGUGAUAUCACAGCGCCGACGGCGUUUCCAAGUUUUUUGUUUGUUUGUUCUGCGAAGAGUUUUUCUGGAAUUCAAUGCUAUUCACUACUUUGGUGCAUCAGUUGUUCUUUCAGCCCAGGUGUAGAUUUAUUCUAAAAUUCAUGCUUUACCCCGUUAACUUCGUUGUGGUGUAAGACGAAAAAAUGUUUUUUCCCUUGAAGCGUUGGUCUUCUGACACUUUCCUUUGCACCUCGUAAAAAAGAAGUCAAAUGAAGGUUAUUAUGAUUCGAACCAUAUCAUAAAGCUUCCAGAGGAACCAUCUCAUUCAGUUACCGAAAAAUCGCUAGUAUGUAUCAUCACAGAAACGAUUCUUUAAUUAUAUUAUAGAAUACAUCGGUCCCUUUUUUGAACAGUGGAAUGUUCUUCCAGGUUUUUGAAAAAUCUUACCUUCCUUACCUUACAGGCUAUAGCCGAGAUGGCUAGAGCAGCGUCUCAUCACUCGCAAAUAACCUUCGAUUUGGUUGAGUCAUCGUACUCUCCAGUGGCCAAGGUUGCCACAUUCACAAAAUAUUCUGUAUUUUACAGAUUUUUCGCCAAAUUUCAGAUACAAAAUCUGUAUCUACUGAAUUCCAGUUUUUUAGCAAAGAUACAAAAUUUGCAGUUUUUUUUUAAUUUUUUGCAGUUUUUUUUAAUUUAAUUUUAAAUAUUAAUUUUAUUACAGUGCAUACAUAGGUACCUUGAUUUAUGAAAAAAAAAAUGAACGCAACUAGAUAGCUUUCAUUGGAGAUAGCAGUUGUUAAGCGAAAUCUUGAGCGAUUUGGAGAGCUCAAACUAUUUUUUUUGUUUCAAGUUAUCAAUGAAUCCGCCUAUUGUAAAUUGAUUCAUUUAAACGAUCCUAUGACUAAACCGAUAAUGCUGUUCCUAAACUUUGCUCUAUCGCUCAUCAACGACGUUAUUUGAGCUUUUCAAUCUGAAUGUUCUCAAUGUUGCAAACUUCAUAAUGAUACAAGAAGGUUAUUGUUGAUCAUAUUGGGUAACUUAUGUUUGAAGAGCUACAUGCAACGAUUCGCUGAUGCUAACCUUGAUUUGAAAGAUUUUGAAGACUUUCAGAAGAAGCCUGGAGAUGUUUACGUUGGUAUCGAUGCAGAAGAAGCUGAAACAUAAUUGGAUGUAGCUAGGAUGCUGACCUUCCAAUCGAUUUGUCGUGACUUCUAUAUUGAACUCGUGAAACAGAUUUCAAAGCGAUUUGAUUUCAGCGCUCCGGUUAUCAAAGCUGUGGCCUUGAUAAGCCCUCAAAAAUUUGAAUUAUUUGAUGCGCCAAUGUUCUCAAUUCGUUGAAGCAGGUAAUAAACAAAGCAUGGAUAACGAAUUCAGGCUACUCAAGACGAAUCUAAUGGGGCAAAAAUUGAGUGAUUCAGAUAUAACUUGGUCCCAGCUGUUGGAUGUAAAAGGCAUGAUGAGAAAUGCUUGCUAAGGUCAUUUGUGAGGCACUUUUUGGUAACAUUUAUCAGUGUGUGUUGCGCGAGUAUUUUUGCUUUUUAAUUUUUGUCCGGAAGUCGAUUGGCACCCACGAUUAUAGACACUAUCUUGAAUCCGAAGAACCAUGUAUCGGCUCAAGGAGGAGCUUCAAGGAUGAAAUUGACGAAAAUUGUGAAGGCAAAGUUCAACAAAACCAUGUAUAAACAUCAUAAAAUUCAAAGGAUUAUGAGAAAACAUUUUUAUUACUUAUUUUGAUUGUAUGAUACGACUUUAACAACCCAUAAAUAAGGAAAAAAAAUCAAAAUGGAAAUAAACCUUUAUUUUCACUUUUUCCCCUUAGCUUUUCGAUACAACUUUUUUUGUUGGUAAAAAUACAGAUAUAUAAAAUUUUAGUGAAAAUUUUCCAGAAUUCAAUGUGGCAACUCUGCCAGAUCACAUCCGAGGCGGAUUCAUUGGGUGCCAACUCUCAAAUCGAUCCUUAUUAUUAAGUCUUUGUUUUGGGUUUUGGGAGUUUUUUGAAUUGCCUUUACGACUAGAUUGUUCAUUCAGUAGCAAGAAAAAAAUCAAAUAGCUUUGCGCAAAAUCCACUCGUUGAGGGUAGAACGACCAAUUUAGUCAAGUUGAAUUCAACGCAUUUCUUUCGAGCGUGCAUUGAAUCAAACUGAAUACCCCUCAUUUUGUAGAUGUGUACGUGUAGAAUGAUUGCCCUAUUUUUAUUCUGACGUAUGCUCUUCAGUUCUCAAGAUUGCUUUUUGCACGGUUAUCCACGGCGACGGCAAUGGGAAACGUUUCGACGACAAAUUGUUAAGUAUGGGUCAGGAGGCCAUGUUUCACAUUUUCCAGUUGCCCAAUAAUUAGUUUCAAAGGAUGUGUAAUUUUCUUUAUGAUAAUAGAUACGCAGAAAUAUUUCCCAUCGAUUAAUGCAAAUAUCUCUGCGCAGCCAACUCGCACCCUACCUCCUCAUUCCUCCUUGGACAUCGACCGCGAACAAUAAACCCUUUUGCUCCUAUAUUCCGCUUGAGGUGGGAACAAACCCCAGCAUAUGCCACAGUAAGAACGCGUCUCAAUGAAUGCUAUAUAUGUCCAUUAGGGUGGCAAUAGAUGCAUGGGAAAUAUUUCAUCAUCGAAUUUCAAAAACCCACCAUGUACAUUUUGUUUAUUGACCCAAAAAAAUGAUCUGUGCAAAGUUUUAGCUCGAUCGGACAUGAUUUAGGGUUGCCUCAAAGCACUCAAAGUUUUGAGUUUUUGAUCCUAGAAAAUCUUCCAAAUCGAUUUUUUUUCGAUGCCAAAGACUUAAAAAUGCAUGAAACGUCGAGAUCUGAUGUCAUCUCGAAAAAAAAUUUUUGGCCGAAAAUCGACCUUUUGGAACUGAGCCCUGAAAGGCAAUGGAAAUGGUAUGGUAUGGAAAAUAAAAUAAUUAUGUAUCGAAUUUAAAGAACCGACCAUGUAAAUUUUGUUUAUCGGUCCAAAAAAAUGAAAUGUGCGAAAUUUCAGCUCAAUCGGACAUAAUUUAGGGGUGCCUCAAAUCACUCCAAGGUUUGAUUUUUUGGCCACUUAGGCUAAGUCCCAAAAAGUCGAUUUUCGGCCAAUCUCGACGUUUUGUGCCUUUUUAAGUCAUUUGGCAUCGAAAAAAAAAUUCGUUUUUUCAAAUUUCCUUUACUUCCCCCUUGGAAGAUUUUCGAGGAUCAAAAAUCAAUACUUUGAGCGCUUUGAGGCACCCCUAAAUCAUGUUCGAUCGAGCUGAAAACUUUGUACAGAUAUUUUUUUUUGGACCAAUAAACAAAAUGUACAUGGUCGGUUUUUGAAAUUUGACAUGACAAUUUUCGCUGCCACCGUAAUGUCCAUAUUCCAAAAUUCUGGAUACCCUUCCAUGCAGACACCUUCUUUAUAGUUGCAGACUAUUAUACAGAGGGCUUUCCCUUAAUCGAGGCAGUAUUAAUGAAUGUGAAUGAAAUUGCACUGCUAUUUCGCAAUAUCUUCCACUCUUUACAUUCAUGUAUCGAGCUGUGUGUUUAUAUGUGUACUAACUGACCCGGAAAACUUCGUCCCGCCCCACAUUUGUUUUUUUAUUAUCAAUACCUUCAAACAUUCACGUUGUCUUACUAUGAGAGAGGGGGGUGGAGAGUCUAGCCACCAUAGAAAUAUUUGUUGCAUCCUAAAACCUUCACAUGCUGAAUUUCGUUUCAUUUGCUUGAUUAAUUCUCGAGUAAUGCAGAAAUUUGAGUUUCAUUUGUAUGGCAACCCCCCCUUAGAGAAGGGGGGGGUGGAGAGUCUAAUCAUCAUAAAAACAUUUAUUAUACCCUAAAACCUCAAUAUGCCUAAUUUGGUUUCAUUUUCUUGAUUAAUUCUCGUGUAAUUCAAUAAUUUGUGUUUCAUUUGUAUGGCAGCCCCCCAAGAGAGAGGGGAGGAGUAUGUAACCACCGUAAAAACAUUUUUUGCACCCUAAAACCUCCACAUGCCAAAUGUGGUUUCAUUUGAUUGAUUAAUUCUCGAGUAAUGCAGAAAUUUGUGUUUCAUUUGUAUGGCAGCCCCCCCUUAGAGAGGGGGUGGAGAGUCUAACUACCAUAGAAACAUUUAUUGCAUCCUAAAACCUUCACAUGCCAAAUUUGGUUUCAUUUGCUUGAUUAAUUAUUGAGUAAUGCAGAAAUAUGUGUUUAAUUUGUAUGGCAGCCCCCUCUUAGAGAAGGGGUGGAGAGUCUAACCAUCAUAGAAAUAUUUAUUGCACCCUAAAACCUUCAAAUGCCAAAUUUCGUUUCAAUUGCUUGAUUAAUUCUCGAGUAAUGCAGAAAUUUGUGUUUCAUUUGUAUGGCAAGGGUGGCCCUUAGAGAGGGGGGUGGAGAGUCUAACCAUCAUAGAAACAUUUAUUGCACCCUAAAACCUCAAUAUGCCUAAUUUGGUUUCAUUAGCUUGAUUAAUUCUCGUGUAAUGCAGAAAUUUGUGUUUAUCAAAUAAGUUGGAAAUGGACAGAAACGAAUACAUUAGUCACUCGUUAUUGACGGUACCGCAAGGGAAGCAGACAAAUCGGUAGAACAAAUGUAUGGGAAAAUGGGGAUGCUUCCAAUUUUCAUAAAUUUUGACCGAUUUGGGAUUAGGGAAUUGUAACGUGUAGCAUAUCAAAUAAGAAUUACCGAUUCGAUUGGUAAGCAAAUCAUCAGAAUUCGUUCGCAGUGAAAACAGUUAUGAGCGUUAAUUUUACUUCACAGAAACGUGUUUUCUGAUUUGGCACCCUUCCUGAAAGACGUGCCCAUGCAGUUUUUUAUUCAAAUAUAUAGAAAAAGGAAGAUCUAUACUGCGUAAUGGCUAAUAGCGUAAAGCCACUAAUGCGCGAAAAAGUCUUCGAUAAACGCAUACGCUUUUUCUAAAGUAACGCAUCGAAUAUGCGGCUCUUGAACGUUCACUCAUCUCCUGUCUUCAGAAUGCAACGCGAUGCAGAUGUGUAGCAAGUUUUUGGUACUCAGUUGAGCUCUCACUCCUUGUAUACACAUGCGCUCUGGCGAAAAAGUUGUUUGUUGUCAACACCGUUUUAGCACCGAGUUUUGCGCCGUGUCUUACGCCGUAUUUGCGCAGUAUUUCUAUACCUGUUUUACACCACGCGUGAAUCUGGUUUGCUUUCUCUGUUGAGUUAUUUUUCAGUACAUAAGCGCAUACGGUUGGUAUGAAGGCGCGCUGUUGUAUUUAUGCUUUGCUUAGAACGAGCGAAGGCAAAACGGGCGCUAGAAUUUGAUGUGUGUGUAUUUAUAAAAUAAGGCACACAUCACACAAGUGGAAAGCGAUGUUUAGACUCAUGUUUAUAAAUUUGGUACACUUCGUACCAAGAGAGAAUAUGUCGUGCGCUGAUGAAAAAUAAACUGAAGUGCAGCGCAGCGUAUGUUUUCUGAAGAUUGUUUCUAGUGCAACGAGAAUUUUGUUUGUAUAGAUUUACAAAGAAAAAUUUGAAAUUGGAAUUUUUCAAUAAGUACACCAUUUAUUUUAUUGAAAAAAAACUGCAUGAUCUUACACAGUAGAUCCCAAAUAAAACGUUUCCAGUGAAAAACUUGUCAACUUCUAACAUUUCCAAUGAAUUCUAACAGAAUUUUCUGCCGGCGCUCUAAAGUUUUGGUUCUGUUACAUAAAAAUCCCAAAUUGACAUCGUACAUUUUUAGCAGCCCAAAAAAAUUGGAGUUUUGUCAAAUUCCUUCAGAAGUUUUAGGUUCAAUAAAAUAUUGAAAUUAUAUUUCAUGCGCAGCGAAAAAAAUAUUUUUCGUGGGUGGAAACAUAGUUGCCACGACCAUACAAGAGAUUAAACAAGGAUCAUCGAAUAAUUGAAGUUCUUCAAUCCUUCAAAACUUUUAAAAAAUUCUUUAGCAAUGAUAUUAUCUGAUUGUUCGAUCGUGUAUUUCUUUCGCUAGUGAUAUCACCAAAUAUUAACAUAUCAUCGAAAACAGCAUACAAAUGAUUUGCACCGAAUCGCUUCCAAUUUGUAAUUAAAGCAACAAGAAAAUAUAUAUCUUACCUUUCUAUCCAUAUCUUUACUAAACAUAUAACGAUUUGUAAUAACACUUUUUGCAAGGCAGUUAUUCGGCAAAUAUUCAAAUUGUACUUGGCAUUAGAAAAAAAAGUUCAAUUAAACCUUAGAUUUAAAAAAAUGAAUAAAAAAAACAAACAUUAAACACAAAAACUUUAUAACUGAUGGUGUUGAAAUGUCAAAAAGGUAGAACAAAAACAAAUGUCAAUAAAUUUGUGUAAUAACAGAGAGAAUAGUAGCCACAGAACACACCCACACAUAGCUUUACCGGUUCUGAUCGUCAAUUUUUGAUGUUAUGUGUUUAUAUAAUUGUUGAACCAGAUCGUUCGACAGACUAUAUUCGAUCUACCUUAAAACAAGUGAUAUAAUGUGACAUCCAUUAUCCUCCCACAUUUCUCUGACCAGUAACAGAAUGUUUCAGAUAGAAUUUGUUAUGUGGUAUGUUUUGGGCAGCUUAUCCGACUGUAUGUUAUACAGAGCUUUUUUUUCGCUAUCAGUGCGUAACUAUUACAGUAUCGGCCGUAAAUACAACAUUUAUUGUAUGCAGACACAGAGGCAUGUCACGUCAUGACCCGUGGAAAACCUUCGCCGCUGGUGGCCAGCUUCUCUCUACCUCCAGUUAGAUAACACCACGAGCGAAUUCCAAACCUUUACGAAUGAUUACGUCCCAUUGUGACAACUCCCGUCAAUUAACUCCACUCGCAAACAAUGGUCGUCAGUUUUUUUAUCACCCAUCGUAGGGAAUGAAAAAACAAUUCGGCGGAAAUUACCAAACCGCGCAAUAACACAAAAAAAAAUCCCUCGCUGCUUACUUCAAAUUGCUCUCGAGCCGAAAAUCGAUUCUUCACAAAUUUGGCGCGUAUGAUAAUAAAUAAAGACAACAAAAUAAAAACAGUAUUUGUGAAAAAUGCCAUACAAACAAGCGUAAACGCAUCCAAACCGUGGAAAUGAAAACAAAUCGGUUUGUAAAUUAAAGAGUAAAGCAAACGUAUAAUAAUACACACAAACAGGAGAGACGCUCGCGAGAUGAGAGGGAAAAUUGGAAGCGGAGAAGAAGCGAAAAAAAACAGAUUGGAAUGCGAUUUAAAUUACACUUGUUUUCAUUCGGUAAUGGCGCGAUGAGCGGGUGGAACACAGAAACAAAAAAAAUAAUACGUUUAUUUCAAAUCGGGAGGUUUCGGAUGACAAAGAAACGGAUGGAGCCAUAGCAUAGCAUCCUGUUGGAGGAUUAUUGAACGAACGAACGGAUAAAAUGGAUCUAUAUCAAUGUUGAAUGUUAAUUGAAAUAAAGUCAAAUGAAAAAAUUAAA